AUGACUUUUUCAACGAAGUGCAAAAUGGCUUGGGGAUCUACCGUUUCAUAUUUUGAAAAGUUUUUCAACAAAGAAAAGGAUGUAAUGGUCGCAUAUGAAGUUGUUAGGGGUGGUGUAAAACCGCAAAACCCGAAAGCAGCGUCAACGAAGAAUAUCUCCAGUCAAAGGAGUAUCGGGGGCAAUUACCCUCCUCCCGUCAAUCCGUAUGACCCGUAUCAUCCCGAUCCUCAGUUUGGUAUGGCAUACCCUCAAGAGGCCCCGUUUCCGGGUCAACCCUAUCAAUUCCCUGCAGGAGGACCAGUCCCACCUUAUAUUUGCGGUGAGAUGCCCCCGCCAGGAGUUGUUAAUGGAGGUUACCCACCACAGGAACCCCCCAUGUACCCUGGACAAUAUGUGUGA